AUGGAAUUGAUGGAGACACUUGCCCCCGUGAUCAGCUGUUCAAUUAGAAGAAUGUUGUUUUCUGUAGUCGCUGAAUAUUAUAUCGGUAUUAUUCAAAUAGAUGUGAAGAAUGUUUUUAUGAAUUGUAGUCUCCUGGAAGACUUGCUGGUGGAACAACCGGAUGGUUUUUUUUAUAACGGAGAAGAAAAACCCCGUUUAUACAUUGAAUCUAUUAAACGGAGUAAAGCAAGCAAGAUGCAGGUUCAUGCUGUAGUGGGUGUUCUCGGUGAUGAUACUGAUCCAAUGGUGUCCGUCAUGAAGCUCGAGAAAGCUCCCCAAGAGACUUAUGAGGUUAUCGGUGGACUUGAUACUCAGAUACGGGAAAUAAAGGUUCUAAUUCGUGUAUCUUUACAAAAUUACGUGUGCAAAGAACUGCAUAGUUCACAUUUGGGCAUUCCGAAAGUGAAAGCGGAGGCUCGGAAACUGCUGUGGUUCCCGAGCGUAGACGCGGUGUCCGAGUGA